AUGAUUGAUACUUCCCUUGAAAGCAAUCCUUACUUUCAAGCUGGUUUUGGUUUGACUUGCUUAGGAGCUGGUUUAGCACUGAGUAGAAAAUUAUCUUUGCAGCUUUUUCAUUUACUUAAGAAACGUUAUAUUUUAACACUUGAGAUUACUAAACGAGAUCCCAGUUAUCAUUGGGUACUAAAAUGGCUCAAUUCACAAAGCGAGUCGAGUUCUUCUAUAAUGAUGCAACAUGUAGAAGUGGAAACAGUUUCUCUUUCGAAGGAAACGGGAAAUGUAAAAACUGAAUUUCAUUUUAUACCUUCUCCUGGCACGCACGUAAUAAAUUACAAAGGAAGAUGGUUGAUAGUUAAACGUCUUCGCGAAAAACAAAUGGUUGAUUUUUCUUUGGGAACUGCUUGGGAAAAUCUUACUCUUAUAACGUAUGGAAGGGAUCGGCAAUUCUUGGAAGGGCUUCUAAGAGACGCGCAAAGGAAGGCACUUGCAGAAAUCAGAGACAAAACUUGUAUUUAUACUUUUUGGGGCACCGAAUGGCGCCAGUUUGGAAGACCAAAACUGAGAAGGCCGCUCGAUUCUGUAAUUUUAGAGGGAAAUUUAAAAGAAAAUUUGGUUCAAGAUGUGAAAAAUUUUAUAAAAAGUUCAAAGUGGUACAACGAUCGCGGAAUUCCGUAUAGGAGGGGCUAUCUUUUACACGGGACGCCAGGAUCGGGAAAAUCUAGUUUUGUUAUGGCUCUCGCUGGAGAAAUUAAUUAUAAUAUUUGUCUUGUAAAUCUAAACGAACGCGGACUUUCUGAUGAUCGACUCGCACAUUCCCUCAGCGAAUCACCAGCUCAAAGCAUUAUCCUUCUUGAAGAUAUCGAUGCAGCGUUUACCACGAGGAAGCAAAAUGAGAAUUAUGGUCCUAAUGUUACAUUUAGUGGACUACUUAAUGUUCUGGACGGCAUUGUUGCUGGUGAAGAGCGAAUUAUUUUUAUGACUACUAAUCAUAUCGACUCUUUAGAUCCGGCGUUGAUUCGUCCUGGAAGAGCAGACGUCAUAACAGAAAUUGGACCAGCAACAGAGAAACAGAUUUACUAUUUAUUUUUAAAAUUUUAUCCUAAACAUGACGCACUUGCGAAAAAGUUUUCCCAAUUUACUUCUAAAUAUAAUAUUAGUAUGGCGUCGUUUCAGGCGUUCUUUAUGGCUCACGUAAAAAGUGCACAAGAAGCUUUUGAUUGCGUGGAAGAGCUUAUAACAGUAAAGCAAACUGAGAAUAAACCAUUAAAAGCGAAGUGUUGCUAA